AUGCAAGCGUUCUACAACGGUCUUGGAUAUAAUUCAAGAAUGACUUUGGACUCUGCAGCUAACGGAAGGUUUAUGAAUUUGGAUGUGAAUAUAGCGAACAAUGUUGUUGAAGAGAUGGCUAUUCAUAAUUCCCAAUAUGGGAAUCCCAGAGGAUUUGCAAAUAAGGGAAAACACCAAACUUAUAAGCAAAUUAGUCCAUACUCUAAUGCCUACAAUGCAGGGUUGAAGAAUAACCAAAAUAUGUCGUACAAUGGUAAGAAUGUGCUUAAACCCCCACCACAGGGAGCCCUACCAUCGCGGCCAGUGCAACCUAUAGAUCACGUGAAUGCAAUUACUGUGAGAAGUGGUUCAAAAUACGAUGGGCCUUCUAUGCCCAAAGAUCAUGAACCUAUCAUUACAAAAAAUGCUAACCCCGAUUCCGUUAGACCGAAUAUUUUUGUUAUUAGCCCUGCAGGCUACAACACCAAUUUAAGAAAGUUACAACUCAACACAAGAGUGGAGAUGUGCAGAAACCAGUUAUCAAUCUCCUAUUCCCAAAUAGACAUCUUAAGAAAAAGAUCUAUUAGUGAGGUAGAUACAGUUGCUUUUACUGAAGAAUGUAGUGCUAUAUUACAGAGUAAAUUUCCAUCUAAACUAAAAAAUUCGAGUAGCUUUUCUAUUCCUUGUCACAUUGGUAAUCUGAUAAUUGAUAAAGCUUUAUGUGAUAUGGGUGCUAGUGUAAGUGUUAUGCCAUUAUCUGUGAGCCCUAAUUUAAAUAUGGGUAAAUUAAAAGCUGCCAAUAUUACUCUACAAAUGGCGGAUCGUUCCAUUAAAUACCCUUUAAGUGUUUUAGAGGAUGUUCCUGUUAGAGUAGGUAAAUUAUAUAUACCUGUUGACUUUGUUAUUCUUGAAAUGAAGGAAGAUUUGCAAAUUCCGAUUAUUUUGGGUACACCAUUCCUUCAUACUGUAGGGGCAAUAAUAGAUGUGAAAAGUGGAAAACUUACAUUAUGUGUAGGGGAUGACAAAAUUACUUUUAAUUUAAAUAAUUUCCCUAAAAGCCCAAUGUUAGAGGAAAAGUGCUUUAGUAUUGGUCUGGUUGAUGUAAAUAAUGUUUCUAAUAAGCCCCAAGCUCUAGUUAGAGACCCCUUGGAGCCUGUAUAUCGUGUUGCAUCUUCCGUAGGAAAAACUAAUAUAUGGAAAGAUGAAGUGGAUGCUAUAGAAAGAGCUCUAAAUUGUGUAGGGCUUGGAUAUGAAGAUGAAUAG